CGCAACGGACGUAUGGUCUGGCGUCUGCAUCUGCGGGUAGUGAAGGCCGGAGAAGGGGGCGUGUUCGAAGAGCGAGCAGCAAAGCACCCCAACACAUCCACGCCACACCCUAGUCUAUCGCUUCUCUGAUCUCCUUACCGCAUCUUCACUUCAUCUGCAGGAUUCAUGCCGCUUGCUUCCUGCCAAGUUACCUUUGCCCUGGUCUUGCCGCGUACCUACGACCAACCAAGAUGGGAUCGACGAUGCACAUCCAGGCAACCCUCCCCCUGCAAUCCUCUUUGCAACCCGCCGUGGGCACGACGUCGCCCAAUCCAGCAAGCACAUCUCCUUUCGGCAGCCUUACUCGACCAGUGGCUCUCUUUCUGUCGCGCGAUGUGCCUACACUACACCCCCUUUCUCCCCUCUGCAUCAGCCGUUGUCGCCGCCACCAUCGGUCGUCUCGUCUGCGAGAAGCGGAACCAAACCGUCUGGCACCUGGGGACGAUGCCCGCGGCCACUUCGGUGAGCGUUGCGUCCGCUGCCCACCCAUUGGCGAGAUCGCCUGCUGACACCUCGGCGUCUCUCGCGGGAUCUGGCGCGUUUCUCACGAUCUCAUGCACGCUUACCACCACUCGAUAUAAAACACCAGCCCUGGUCCACGUCACUCCCUGGCAGGCUACACUGACACGCUACUCGAUUGACUUUCCGCUCGAUACAGGCACUACAAUCCAACAGUACCUAUUCGGGACAACUUCCUCUUUAGGAAGCCAUCUCCUGAACAAGAGCAAAUCACAACUACCAUCAUCUUCCGCCUCUCUCCGCUUUAUUGGGCCAUGUGCCAGAUCCGGCCAUCGCUAUCAAAACAUCACAUCUCAACUCUUUGACUGGGUCGUUUCCGCUGUUUCGACAUGGGGUUUGAUGUGGGAUCUUGGUGUACUCCUCAGGUACCCAAAAAGUCGUGGUCCAGUACACGUCUGGUUCCCUAUGGCGCGGGUUUGUCGAUUUCCUUUGGCUUUUUAUUCACGCCGGAAUCCGGAGGAGUUCUUAUGAAAACCACAUGUUGGCAACAUUGAUCAUGGUAUUACGAGUAUCAAAGCCUCUUGGAGACCGAGAAUUGUCUUCGGGCUGGUGGUCAGAGAUUCGACAGCAGCCCGGCACCGGCUAAACACCCUAGGACCUCAUCUCGACUCGACCCAGUUGCGUUGCUGCCGCCGGGUCUGUCAGAUCAUGUUCAUGUUUGUUUUCUAGCUUCAUAUGC